UUGUGCGCACACAUACUUCGCGACAAUUUAUUAUUAUUUUUUUACUAUUUGUUAUUAACGCAGACGUGAUAACCUUGGCUCAUUGGGUUUCGGAAUCGUUAGAAAUUGAGGAAUCGCCGAAUCGAAUGGUUGAAAAUGCGAGGACGACCGGUUUGCGACCAAAAAUUUGUUAAAACUGAAAUUGAAUCUGGAUACUUGUGGUACUUUGGAAUUCGUACUCGACAAGCUAGCCGAUGCAAAAGAGUAGAAUUUAAGGCGGUGAUGCUUUGACAUCAAUCAGUUAAAAUUGGAGGAUGCGCGAGUGCGAAUAAAAAUCCUAAAUUCCGAAAAUUGUCGAUGUUUAUAAAAAGUUUGUGUGUGAGAGAGAGUGUUUCAUUAAAAUGUUUACGAGGAUUAUAUAAUUUUCUAAACGUUCAGUCGGAGUUGGUCGUCACGACUUGUUGAAUGCGCCAGAUUGUCUCCUUGUUUUCGUCACCUGUAGCUUGUUUUUCCUCAAGUAUACGCUAACUUUUUUCUAUACGCAAAAAUGACGCGUUCCUACAAUAUGAUAAGGGCGAGUGACGGUGGGAAGUGGAUCGGGAGUUGACAUUCCCGUACAGGGCACGGGAGUGUUGCCGCUGCACUGCCACAUCGAAAACAGCGAAGGGAUCGUAACUAUAUAUCCCCUAUCAGAGAAUCUAUCUAUCGAUGGGGCGAGGGUCACCACCCCUACGAGAUUAUCCCAAGGUUGCAUGCUGACCAUCGGUAGAUCGAAUUAUAUGAGAUUCAACCAUCCGGCAGAGGCGAAGCUCAUGAAAUCCGUGUUGCCUAACCCGAGGAUAUCGAUGGCGCCGAUCAACUUCGAGCCGGACGGUUCUUUUAUGAGCAAAUUCAACAGGAAACCGCCGGUGGCGCCGCGCCGGAGCCCCAGGGACUCCCUGUCCGACAGCGGCAGCGACGAGCCGCCCUCCAGCGUCGGCACCAAAGUCUCCAAAUUCGAGUACCUCGCCGCGCAGAACUACAAAAAAUCCAUCUCCCCCAAGGUGUUUCCGUCGAACGUCGUCACUGUGAAUACACCAGUUAAAGACGUGAUAGGUAGAGCACCACCGGACCUCUCUAGUUUCACCAAGAACUUACCGCAAAGCACCUUGAACUACGCCGAAUUGAACACCAUCGAGAAACCCCAAGGCAAAGGUGUAUCUGUCCAACAAAACAUCUCGAAAAAAACCCACCAAAGCCAGUACGUUAACGUCACCAUCAACGAAACGAAGAACAUCAACAACCGCGUGAUCAUCUUCGAAAACGGCGCGCCCAAAAACCCCAACGUCAAUUUCGACCACAACGAACUGAACAACAAGACGUCCAGUACGAAUAAGAACAUCAACGUCAACCGAUUAAUUAUACCUUCUCCGAAUUUCAAUAGGAAUCCUGCUUUUUACAGGAGCGUUACUCCUAGUCCCGUCGCCACCAGUCCCAAAGUAUUGCACCGCAGGAGCGGGUCUUUGGACGAACUGACCGACGGGACUUACGAGUGUUUCGAGGAUCUGGAACAGAGGAAAUACGAAGCCGAAAUCAAAAGAAACAAGGCGCAGCAGGACCGAAUCAAAGAGCAGGAAAUCGAAAAGGCCGAACAACAGCGACUGGAGGAGAUCCUGAACAUGUGCGCCGAAUACGAGAGGCAACAGUGCGAGAAGAACAAACCCAUCACGCCAAACAGAAUAAAGACCAACGGUUCGCUGCCGAGGGAGAAACGAGGCGUUUGCAGCCCUUCAUCUCCGACUUACACCUCGACUCCUCCACCGUCUCCGCUGGACGCGCUCCACAGCGAGCUGCUCAAGCAAAGCAACUACGAGAACCGAUCGCCCAACGGCGUCGUCUACGACCAGCCCGUCGAUCAAAGACAACAGGAGGCGGAGCACCGCGCCGUGGAAAGGAGGAGUCCCUACGAAAACGUGUAUGUGCAGUACAACCCGCCCGGGCCCUAUCCCCCUUCGCCCAGGACGAGGAUCAAAACGUUCGUCCCCACCGCCAACAAAGACAACGCCUCGAAGGAAACCACGGAAAUCCUGCUGAGGGAAGCCGAACAAAUAUUGAAGCAAAACCUGCACAAUUCGAGGGAAAUUCCGCCCGAUCAUGAUAUAUUCGACGUGGCCGUUGCGAAAGCUACUCCCACCAAAUUCGUGUUUCCCGUGCAAAGCACGGCCGAAAUUAUUAAACUACCGUCUCCGGAAAUCGAAAUUCGUAACGAACUCGACGAUUCCGCCAAAUGCAACGGAUCGAGUAAAAGCCACGAAGAAGAUAACGUCGACACGAAACGAUUAGAACGACUAAAAAAGGAGAAAAAAGAAAUAUUAGCCGUUAUAUCGAGGAUAAAGCGGCAAAUGUCCGAAAUCGAAAUUCAAGAAGAAGAACUACAAAGAGAGACGGAGCUAGAACGAGCUCUCAUCUCCGGAGAAUACAAAUCGAAGCUCAACGAUCUGGAGAAGAUCACCGCUCGCAAUCAAAAACUGCAGAAGCGCGCCCAGAAAAUCGAAGACAACAUGCGAGACAGGCAAACCAAGCAGGACGAGGACCAAAGGAAGUGCAAAGAGAAGCUGAGGAUCGCCCAGGAGAACAUGAUGGAGGUGGAAUCGAAGAUGCGCUCGACGCCCAAAACCGAUCCCGAAUACGAGAACGCCUUCGAGGAGUACCUCAAAGCCCAAGAGCAACUGGACGUCGAGCGUAAGGCGUUCGAAGAUCUGGAAUUCCAUCAUUUAGAAGAAGAGGCCGAUUGGCUGGCCAGCCGGGAGGAAAUACACAGGGAAAUGGUGGAUCUUUCGAAGCGAUGCGAACAUCUAAAGAUACAAAUACUCAAUUUGGAACAACAGAAAUUGGAGACAUCGAACGCGAACACGCACGAAUUCAAGCUCAUAGAACAACAGAAAAUGGAGUGCCUGAUGCGACUCGAAGAGGUCCGGAAGAGGCUGAAGAGCAUCGACGGCGAACUGUCGACCUAUUCGCUCGAAGAUUCCGAGCAGGAGGCGUCCAGCGACACCGACAGCGACAAGUCCAAGGAAUUGGAGCGGCGCCUGUCGAGCCUCUCCUUCGGCAAAAUGACCGACAUGAGCUGCUCGAUCGUCGUCAGCGAUUCCAAGCCGCCGCUCGACGAGAACGUCUACAACAUGUCGCGGUCGUUCAACGAGAAAUUGUUCCAGGAAAAGUCCGUUCUGGAUAUCGGAAUCGAAAGGAAGUUUCCCAGUCAAGACGAUAUCGAUCGCAUUAGUCGAGUGACAUCCGACGCUCCUAUUAUCAAUGAAGGAAAUGAUUCGUUGGGACGGAAAACCAUCGAAUCGCUGAAGGAAAUCGAGCGUAAUCGACAUAUCCACCUUUGUCAACAAGCAUCGCAGGUGAUCGAGCAGGAGAGGCAGAGAGUGAACGCGUUGAAGCAGCGCGUGCAGGAGGAGGUGAAGAGCAAAUGGGUGCAGCGCUUGCAGGACUGCAAUUCGUUGAAUUCUUCCGGAUCGGAGGAGACGCGCUUGAGUGGUGCUGAUGAUGAGCAAAAGAGUGAAACAAAAGCAAUGACACCGGAGGAAUCCAUUUCAAGGGAUGUGUCGCGAGGAGAGUCUGAAAACGCCGAGUCUCCGAGGCCUUUAUCCGAAACCAGCGAAAUGAGCCUGGAAGUCGGUACUUUGAACAGGAAGAGGAAGCCCAUCAGCGACAAGCAACGGCCGUUGACGAGGUACUUGCCUAUCAGAGGAUCCGAUUUGGAUUUGAGGCAGCACAUCGAAUCUGCUGGUCACCAAGUGGUGCUUUGUCCUCACGUGAUCAUCAAUUCGAGCAUCUGCAGAGGUUACCUACACAAAAAGGGUUCGAAACUGAAUGGGUGGUCCAGGAGGUGGUUCGUGUUCGACAGGAAUAAGCACACGUUCGCCUAUUAUUUGGAUAAAAGCGAGAAGAAAGCCAGAGGUGGUGCUUAUUUCCAGGCGAUAGAAGAGGUGUAUUUGGACCAUCUGAACAGCGUGAAAUCCCCGAAUCCCCAACUGACUUUCAUAGUGAAAACGCACGAGCGGCUCUACUACUUAAUGGCGCCUUCUCCGGAGGCGAUGCGGAUUUGGGUAGACGUGAUAUUCACCGGGGCGGAAGGCUACAGGGAAUUCGAAGCGGGGACUUGAUGGUCGCCGCUCGUUUGGGUGCUCCGGGUGCGAAUUAUUUGAAAAAUUGGUGUACAUACAAUGUCUAUCACUGACGAUACAGCAGAUCUUAUAAUUAUCGAUGAGGUAUUUAGUUUUUAUAUAAGUAUUUUUGUACAUAGUUUUUUGUCUAUAUUGUGAUAAGAGAAAUGUUUCUUUAUACACAAAUCGAAUUUGUUUAUGCGCAUUUUAUGGUGGUUACCGUAUAAACUUGAAUGUUUUAGUAAGUCGAUUUUUAAAUGUAAGUGCCUUCGACGAGACCACAAUUUAUUGUAAAAGAUUUUUAAAGUGUUUUAUACUAAGACUGUAAACAUAUAAUAA